GCUCCCGGUGCAAGGCAGAGAUGGCGACUGCGGCUCGGCUCCUGCGGCGGCGUGUGGUGAGCUGGAGGCUGCGGCCGCCGCUGCCGCCGCUCGCCGGCGUCGUUUCCCAGCGGGCCCACUCGCUGUUGCCCGUGGACGAUGCGAUCAACGGGCUAAGCGAGGAGCAGAAGCAGCUCCGGCAGACCGUGGCUAAGUUCCUUCAGGAUCACCUAGCCCCCCAUGCCCAGGAGAUUGAUCACAGCAACGAGUUCAAGAACCUUCGCGAGUUUUGGAAGCAGCUGGGGAACUUGGGAGUCUUGGGCAUCACGGCCCCUGUUCAGUAUGGCGGCUCCGGCCUGGGCUACCUGGAACAUGUACUGGUGAUGGAGGAGAUAUCCCGAGCUUCUGGAGCAGUGGGACUCAGUUACGGGACCCACUCCAACCUCUGCCUCAACCAAAUUGUGCGCAAUGGAAAUGAGGCCCAGAAGGAGAAGUACCUCCCCAAGCUGAUCAGCGGUGAGUACAUCGGAGCCCUGGCCAUGAGUGAAUCCAAUGCUGGCUCUGAUGUUGUCUCCAUGAAGCUAAAAGCAGAAAAAAAAGGAGAUCACUACAUCCUGAAUGGCAACAAGUUCUGGAUCACCAAUGGCCCCGAUGCUGACAUCCUUAUUGUCUAUGCCAAGACGGAUCUGGCCGCUGUGCCAGCUUCUCGGGGCAUCACGGCCUUCAUUGUGGAGAAGGAUAUGCCUGGCUUCAGCACCUCCAAGAAGCUGGACAAGCUGGGGAUGAGAGGCUCUAACACCUGUGAGCUGAUCUUUGAAGACUGCAAGGUUCCUGCUACCAACAUCCUGGGCCAUCCCAGUAAGGGCGUCUAUGUGCUGAUGAGUGGGCUGGACCUGGAGCGGCUGGUGCUGGCUGGUGGGCCCCUCGGGCUCAUGCAGGCCGUCCUUGACCACACCAUUCCCUACCUGCACAUGAGGGAAGCCUUUGGCCAGAAGAUCGGCCACUUCCAGCUGAUGCAGGGGAAGAUGGCGGACAUGUACACGCGCCUCAUGGCGUGUCGGCAGUACGUCUACAAUGUUGCCAAGGCCUGUGAUGAGGGCCACUGCACCUCCAAGGACUGCGCGGCUGUGAUUCUUUACUCAGCCGAGUGCGCCACACAGGUCGCCCUGGACGGCAUUCAGUGUUUCGGUGGCAACGGCUACAUCAACGACUUUCCCAUGGGCCGCUUUCUGCGAGAUGCCAAGCUGUAUGAGAUUGGGGCUGGGACCAGUGAGGUGAGGCGGCUGGUCAUUGGCAGAGCCUUCAACGCAGAUUUCCAGUAGCCCCAAGACCUGUCACCCACUUUCCCAGCACCUAGAGGCCUUUCUUUGGAAAUAGAGACGUGACAGCUCUCCCCUGGCCCAAGGCAGUCCUGGCUGUUCAGCUGCCCUUCUUGCGUCAGUGCCCUGGCCUCUGCAUGAGGUUGAGUUCUCCACAAUGGCUGCCAAGUCCCGUGGGCCUCAGAGCCAGGCCAGCCAGCCAGCUCAGGAAAAGCAUUCAGUGGCUUAAUAUGGACUCAGCAGGAAGCAUACUGGCUUUUCUGGGGCUUAGUGGGAGGGCAUUAGUGACUCUGUGUCCUUGCUCUCUAACUUCCAAGGCUGACGCCCCCACCUCCCAGGGUGGGCACCUUGGGGCAGGCAGGUGGCCACCCCUUUUUCUUGGGUGAUCUCUGGCAGGGACUCCUCUGCUCCAGUACAUCAGAAGCAUUGCCCCUCUCCAUUUAUUCGAACUUGGUAGCCUCUUUUCUUUCUGGGAAAAAAAAAAAACCCCAAACCUAGCCUCUAUUUCUUCCAAUUUCUAAAGGCAGCAGCUCCCAGCAGCUCAUGAGCAGGCACCCACUCUGCAGCAGCCUCUCCAUCUUUCCAGGGCUUCAUUCUUUAGGGCUGAAAUCCCACCAUGUUGGGGUGGAGCUCUGGGAACAGGCAUCUCAGAACACCUGUGCCGCCCAGAGUCCACAGUGGGGUAGAGGUCAGCGUGCUUGAGAAAGAUCGGCUCAACACUGGCCUCCGUGGCAGCACCUCUGAGCCCUUUGGCACUGCUCUGUCACUGCCACCAUCUAGUCCUGGCCAUGUGACAGCCCACGGCUGACUAGGCAGCAGGCCUGGGUUGGCUGGCUCAACUCCAGCCAAGGCUGCAUACAUUUCUCUAGACACCCUAUGGCUGAUUUUGUUACAGCUGCACAGCGGCUGCUGCCAUUUUGUAUUAAACAUAUUAUGAGGCAAACCCAUCUGCUUCUAAACUGGUGUUUUUGGGGAAGAGCAGUCUACUUGCUACUGCCUCCCAUCUGGCUCCAGCCCCAUGUCCUUAGAGAGUGGCUGGUCCAGGUCCUGCUCCUGCCCUCCAGCCUGCUCAUCAGUGAUGGGGGACAAGGGGAUGGAAUCAGUCCCUAGGAUAGAGGAAGUCUCAGCCUCCCUUUCCCAGAUCUCCCAGUGAUUUUUAAAGGAAGGAGGGAGUCCAGAGUGGUAAGAGUCUUGGAGCUAGAAGGAAGCUCAUAAAUUUCUGGAAACCAUCCCCAUGUUUUUUAAAAGAUAAGACCAUCUGAUUGUCCCAAGGUCAGAACUGGAGCUAGAAUCCAGAUCAGUAGAAAUGGGGGUUCUGAGAAUGCCAGCCUGGGGCCUCACUGCACGGCCACCUGGACGGAGCAUGAUCAGAGCGGAACAGGUUUGGGUUCUACCCCAUACAAGUUCCCUAAAAGAGAACUGGCUUUCUUGGCUCUCAGCCCAGUGGCUCCUGUUCCAACUUUUGGUCCUGGCCUGUAGCCAAGUGCUGUUCCCAGUUUGAUGCUUGAGAUAGGUGGAGUGCAUGCCUUACCAACCCAGCCCAGGUCCAUGCUGAGGGGAAGACCCAGGGCUUGUGGCACUGUCCCUUCACUUCCCCACCCCGC